UACUGACACCAAUGAGAGGGACAGGUCAGCUGCAGGAGAGCUUCAGUUGUCCUCUUACAGCUUUACAACAGCUAUCAUGCAGCUGAUACAUCUGGAAGCUGCAGUUAUACUUGGGAUUGUUAUUCCCCAGAUAUUCAGCAUCAGUGUGUCGUCUCCACUUUCUGACUGUUUGGCUUCUGUGGAUACCUGCAUGUCAAAUUUAUGCAAGCGUGAACCGGCAUUUUACGUCGGCAUCUGUGGAGAUGACGGGUGCCAAAUAAAAGGCUCAGACAUGUGUAACAUGACCAUCCAGACCAUACUGAACCAAUUUCCCACUCUGCAAGGGUGUGUGUGUGCCUGGGAGGAGGAGCUUUGUGACUCCAUAAAAGCGUUGGCCACACAAUGCCACCAAAAGCCAGCAGCUCAGCAGAAGAGGAGCACAGUGACGGACUGGCAGUCAAGCAGUUUAAAAGACUAUGUUUAUGAUGGUGCUGGAUCCUGCUUGGACCAAAUGACAGUUUGUCUCAAUGAUGCAGUUUGCAACAGGUACCUGGCACCUGUUCUUCAGGAAUGUACGGCAAACUGCAACCUUGAUCGCUGUCAGGAAGCAACUCAGCAGUUUUAUGGUAGCAUGCCACACAACGUCGCAGAGAUGCUGGUCAUGUGUGAGUGUGAGGCUUCAGACGAGGACUGUCUAGAUAUGAAAAAUCUUCUGCAUGGUGGCACAUGUGGAGAUGAGCCUCGGAUCUGCCAGGAUACAAUUAACCUGUGUGUUGAUGACAGUAACUGCAGAGAUCUGUUGAGAACUUUCCAAACCAAAUGCUGGAGCUCUGAAGAAGCACCAUGCCACAAUGACCUCCAAAACGAUGAAUGUUUCACCCUGAUGGAUCCAGCUCUUAUCCUUGGUGCAGAUCCUGAAUGUAAAAUGGCCUUCUUGGACACUUGGGGCACAGCACUUCACUAUCCUUGUACAUGCAAAGGAGUGAGCAAUGACAAUCUACUGAUGUGCAACAUGAUUCAUGAUGUACUUCAUAAUAGAUCACACUUCAUGAUAUCUUGGAAAAGCAGCAGUGGUCCUUCUAAGCCUCCUGAAAUCAAUGAAUCUGAACAAGGUCAUACAUGGUCAAAUGAUUAUCUACUGUAUGCUUUUACCGCUGUGCUUCUUGUUGGAGUUGUUAUAUUAAUGCCUCUGGCUGUUGUCAGUAAAAUAUGGAUGGCGAGAAGAGAUAAAACAAGAUUUCACCAUCCGCAGAAAAGCAAUUGCGUUGUUAUUCUCUGAUGUUUAUGCAUCUGUUAAAUGUAUGUCAUCGAUAGUAAUGCAUCAUUUUGUUCAAGAUUUUUAGAUGAUCACAUUUAUAAGAUGCCUUUGAGUUUGUUGAUAUAUUUUAUUCAAUGUCUUUAGUAUGCCUUUGAUAACAAAUGUUGCUAUAAGAUUAAUCACUCUGAACAGCAGUGUCUUUAAAAAAACAAACAAAAUCAAUUUGAUUGAUUGAUAACAACCUAUAUUUUUACAGUUAUAAAUGCCUGUAAAAUACUGCUGUGACAAGCUCAAGUGUCAUUUUUUAAAAAAGAUAACUGUGUUAACUCACAUGUUUUUUCUUUCUUGAAUGACAAAAGAAAACCUUUCUCUCUGCAGUAUCUUCAGAAUCGAUCAAAGGUCUUCAGUCAUUAACCUUGAUUCACAUCGACUUGAGCUAUCAAUCUCCAUAAGAAAAUUUUGAUUUGACCGACACAUUUGAGAUUGCUUUAUGUCUUCAGUUGUCUUUGUCUGAUGAUUUAUUGGUGCUCUAGGCUUCUACAGCAUCUCAUAAUAAACUUCACUUUGAACACUG